AUGCUCGCUCUCUUCGACUUCACACACGCUGACAUGGCUGACACGUUCAAUAUCUCCAGUGAACCUACUCCAAAGCGCAGAAAAGUUCGAAAAGGAACCCGCAGUUGCUGGGAGUGCAGACGGCGGAAGGAAAAGUGCACAUUCGACUCAUCCGCUGACAUUUGUAUCCGAUGCCAUCGACGUGGUUCGAAAUGUGUCGGCCAGGAAUUUCCAGAGACAUGCGAUUCUGUGAACCUACUCCCUCAGGAAGGCGAUUGCGUUGCGAAAGAUUCUCGAGUUGAUGAUGCAUGCAAGCAGUUUCCCGAGCUCUCGGAGCUUCCUGUCCAUCUUAUGUCCAGUGAGAAUGAGACACCAGCUCACAAUAUCUUAACACCUCGCUCGAGCAAUAUUUUAUCUCCUGGUGUCCAGAAUUCAUUCGCAUCAUCGGAGGCAGCGGGAUAUGGGAUUCUCCAAAACGACUCUCAGUUUCGAAAGACUCAUCGACUCCGGGGCUCGUCUGGUCAACUAAACGAAUUAUCUCAAACCCUUCACCAACUCCUCCCUGCCCGAAAGGAUGCGGACAGAAUCAUUGAAUCUAGUCGCGGCAUUUCCACCCUCUUCUUCCAAAUGAACGCCACUCCAUAUAACGAACUCGAUCGUGACGGCUCUAUGGCCCCAGAAUCUCUCUUCAAGAGACCUAAUUCAACAGUCCACCCUAUUUUGAUCGCGAGAUACAUGCUCUAUAUCGCAAAUCUUCUACAGCACAUGCAUCCAACCUCAGGUUCAAUAUUCAACGGGCUCUCGGAACCGCCGCAAGAAAUAAUGGAUCGACUAACCCACAGUGUCAGCGACCUGAUCAUCUCCAACGAUGAUCUCAUUGCUUGUAUUGAAGGAUUGGAGUGCAUGCUGAUAGAGAGCUGGUUCCAGGUCAACGGUGGCAAUCUUAGAAAGGCUUUGAUAACAGUGCGCAGAGCUCUGACAAUUGCACAACUAAUGGGAUACCACCGCCCUGUCAGCCAUCUCAAGUGCAGAGCCUUGGAUCCGCAGACGAAACCUCACCCGCGAUUCCUAUGGUUUCAUUGUGUCUUUCUCGAACGCCAUAUCUGCACCAUGCUGAGUCUCCCUCAGACAACUCUCGACUGUAGCAUGGCCUCGCAAGAAAGCUUGGAAAAUGACACACCAAUGGGUCGUCUAGAGCGUAUACACUGUGUUAUCUCAUCGCGCAUUCUUGAGCGCAACCACUCCAGCCAACCCAUUCACGACUACUCCCUGACAAAGGCGAUAGAUGAGGAUUUGAAACAAGCAGCCGCAAAACUGCCGUGCAAAUGGUGGCUGGUUGCAGAUCUGGCUUCAGUGAAAGACCAACCUGAUGCGCUUUUCUGGAAAAUGAGAAGGCUGUUUCAUCAGCUGUAUCAUUAUAACCUGCUGGUCCAACUCCACCUUCCAUACAUGAUCAACUCGUCUACGGACAAGGAUUUCAACUACUCGCGCAUUGCUUGUAUCAAUGCUGCCCGAGAGGUCCUUUCGCGAUUCCUCGCCUUCCGCAACUUUAACAAAUUCGCCUUCUCCUGUCGAACAUAUGACUUUUUCGGCCUAAUGGCCGGUUUGACUCUGUUGAUUGCGCACCUCGAUUCACAUCGUCGCACUGCAGCUAUUGCUGCCUCCUCGCCAGUGCAAACCAUGACACCAGAGGAUCUGUUGGCUCAUCAACGACCUAGUGAUCUUGCAUUGGUGGAGCAAAUCCAAGAGAGUAUGGUACACUCCAGCCAAUUGCAUGGUGACGCAUUGAACACGCAGAGCGCGCGCUUGCUAAAGCGGUUAAUGAACAUUGAGGCCCAGGCAGCAGGCAAAGUUGCUUUAAAUGCCAGUGAUACUCCUUCUAAGACAAUCCCCAUGCUGGACAGCAGUGAUGAAAACCACAUUCAUCUCAAUGUUCCGUAUGCAGGCACCGUCCAGAUCACGCCCAGCGGUAUCAUCUCCAAGUUACCCAAGCUUCCCGUCAAUCUCGGAAGUGCCGAAAAUGACUCGAAUCGAUCGAUUCUUGGAUCUACUCCGAAUAAUUCGAGCUCUUUGAACGGAAACAUGUGCUCUGGAAUCACUCCACCCGAUAACUUGGGGGAAAUCUCGCAUAUGGGUUCUACGGUUGGACCUACCAAUGAUCUAUAUCCGGAUGCUGAAACGCAUCACACAUCGCAGUAUCCCGACUCCGUGGACGGUUCUGUUCUGCAAGGGCUUGAAGAUCCUCUCCUCACUGCCGGCACUGAUGAUUGGGCGUUUCAAGGUGUUGAUAUGGCUUUCUUUGACAAUUUGAUGAGAUGGGGAGGCAUAUAG